AUGGAUCCCCUCGACACGCAGCAUGGCCACGCAAUGGCGGCGUCACCAGCAUUACUGGCGCUGGUAUCGAAGCCAGAGCCAACAACGUAUAGCGAAGUGGCGAGUGAUGCACGGGCUGAGUGGUGGCAGACGACGCAUCAGACCGGCAUGUCGCCGAGCUACCACCACCUGUUGUCGCCGUGGCUGCCACUGCCUUUCGACCAACCGGUUGGUCCAAGUGAGACGACUGCUCCGUUUCCUGAACGACGACUCGAGCCAUGCGAGUGGGUCGAGCUACUUGAGCAGACCGAGUGCUUGGACUACGUAAGUCCUGAUGUUGACGCGUGCAUCGAGAUGCAGAGUCGGAUGGAAGGCAACCAAGAGCUUGAGCUCACUGGCACAGAAUUCAUGACGAGUCCAGCAAUACCCAAACUACCAUCGCUCAUCAGCCUUUCUGUCGAGCGCGCAACAAACUUGACGUCGAUGGCGCAGCCACAAGACACGCUAUCGCGGCGUCCGGGCUUACGAGAAAAGUUUCCGCGUCAGCAGCUUUCGACGGACUACAAUGAAGUGCUCGCUCGAGAGGGCUAUGCAAGCGUCAUGGCGGAGGGAAGCGGUGCACUUUUUCAGGCUGUGUACGCAGUGACCAGGGCGGCGGCUUCUGCAUCGCUCACGGCGGAGGCAAACGAUGCGCUACCGAAGGAUGCAAGAACUCUGCUCAGUCGCGCGGACGUUGCAAGAGUCAUGGAGGUGGCAAGAGAUGCCGUGCUGAAGGAUGCGCCAAGAGCAGCCAAGGAGGAGGCUUUUGCCGCGGCCACGGAGCUGGCAGAGCUUCCAACGACCGGCACUCCUCCUGCUUACCGCAAAGACUCACUCCCCGCCAAAACUCCAAACGCCAAACCACGAGCCAUGACAGACGUGCCCAUCCGGUGUGUCAAGAACGUGGUGCUCGAAGUUACGCGUGACGAUGGAGAGAUCGAUCGCAGCACGCUCCAGAAGGACCUCGUGUUGCGCAAAGAAGUCGGUAACGCGCGUCUCGUGAGUGGUGAUGUCGUGCUGUGGGUGGGCAAGGGCGUGUUGUCCCACAAAGACUCGACAGUGGACUCGAUGCCUACUCGCACCGUGCGCAUCGAGAACAACAAGCGGCGCUUCGUGUUCACAAUGGCGCUGGAUGCUGUCGGCAAACAGUUUUACGCUGAGCUUAAGGAUCAGGCGGACGGCAAAGCACGAGUGGAAGUCCGCAAGAAGAAGCGGAAGAUCCGCAAACAGCUGAGCCAAGUGAUGGGCUUUACGCCCGUGAACACACUAAAGAGUCCCGUAACGAGUCCCUCUCUCCUGCUUCCGAGUCCCGCGAAGAAACCAGCCGUGACGCCUAAACGUGUUCCACUGGCGGACAUUGGGACACCACAACGGACACCACGACAAACACCACGACAGACACCACAUUUGACUCUACCAUCGCCGUUACUGGUGACCCUGAAGGAGUCAACUUCGUCUUUGGCCUCCCCGUUGAGGUCGCCAUUCCGCUCUCCGUUCCGAAAGAAAGCGCGUCUUUCGCAAAGUCCGUCACGCGGACUAGUGGAUCUAUCGCCGCCGUCCGGGCGAUCUCCUGCACGUGAAUGGCUCAGUCCGACACGGUCGCUGAACCUACGUAGUGGACCGACUCCGCCGAACUUAAAACAACGCAACGGUCAAACGCCUGCGAAUCAGAGCACACAGAAGUCCGAGCGAUCAGCUGGUAGCCCCGAUGAGACGAAUCGCCGCAAGUCGAUCACCGGGUCGAUAAACAAGCGAGUGCGCUCACUCCAGUUGAUGCUAGACGAUGAAUCGGCGGACAAGGAGCCUGCAGCGGAGGAUAAAAAGAAAAUCACUUCGCACUUCUUCAAGACACACUCGUCCCCUUGUCAUCCUCGUGACAUGACCGCGGAAGUAUUCGAUGAGACGCUGGAGUCGAUUGCUGCUGUACCGGCAGAUAAAUGCGACAUCGAUGAUCCGAGUGGUGGUGACUCCCCGGCGAAUGACGCUCAUAGAAGCACGCACGGAUUGCUAAAUUUGGGAAACUACUGUUACAUGAAUGCAAUCGUACAGGCACUGGCAGCUCUUCCUGAGUUCGUUAGUGCUGUCCGAAAUGAAGACAACAUGCUGCAGAUCAUUCGGGAGCAGCCCCAUGCGAGUGUCAGGGUCAAGACGACGGAGCAACUCAAGACCAUUUUUAAUGACUGGCGAAACAGUGGCGACUCGAAGCAUCUGCCACUGCAGUAUGCCUUGAGCCAGUUGCUUCAGCUUGUCGUUGACGGCAGCGAGACAUCAAUCAAUCCCGAAUUUCUCAAGAACGUGAUGGGAAAGAAAAACUCCAUCUUUGCAACCCAUUUCCAGCAAGACGCUCACGAAUUCUUGCUGAAUCUCGUGACCGAGUAUGAAAAAGAGCUUGUGGACAUGGUGCACGAAGUGACCAAAAAGAUUCGGGGAGAGCCGAACCCGUCUCCCCAACUUCAUCGAAACAGUCUAAGUAGCUUUUUCCGCAAUGGAUCGGAAGUGAACGACGGGCAGCAGGAGACCGCAAGCGGAUCAGCUGACGCAGAACUAGAGCUGAUCUGUCGGCUGCCGCCAGCGAAGUGCUUUCGGGCACAGUUAAACCGCACAUUGACUUGUCAUCAUUGUGGAUACAGCCGGAAGCAGACCGAGACAUUCUAUGACUUCUCUCUUGAUCUUCCUUACUAUCCCGUUUCUGACAAGGAACCCACAGCAGAGCAGGAACCCACAGCAGAGCGGGAACCACAAACUUCGCCAUCGUUUGAACGACGAUGUUUUUGCAAUGUUGUCCCGCGAUUGACGGGCGAAGGUGAUGACCGCUACUAUUGCUGCUCGAAGUCGUCGUGCAGUUUUCGAGAAAAGUCUGUGGAUGAUGAAAGAUCUACAACGUCUCCUACAAAACUUGCGAUUGCAGGGGCAAAAUCAGCUGCAUCGUCAUUGUCACCAGCUUCCCGCUGGCCACCACGGCCAGCACCGAUUGAGUUGGAAACGCUGUUACGAAAACAAUUUGACGCGGAGGUGUUGGAAUUGGCGUGUGAGAAGUGCAACGUCGGCAAGGAGGCGGAAUCGGCGUACGAGGUCAAGUCGCUGCCGCCGAUCCUCGUACUGCAUCUGAAGCGCUUUGAGGUACACCCUCACACGGGUUUGCCGUUCAAGCGGUGCGACUUGGUUGUGCCUCCUGCUGUGAUCGAUCCCGUUCGCUCGAUUGACGAUUCGUCUUUGUCAGGGAAUGAACAGCACUACGUGCUGAAGAGUGUUAUUCACCACCUUGGUAAGAGCAUUGACGAAGGACACUACGUCGCUGACGUGUGCGAUGCCCAUGGUCAAUGGAUACGCCGAAAUGAUACGCAUGAAGCUAAGAUUUCGACAGACUAUGCGUUCCAAUCGUAUCGAAGCCAGGAGUCGUGUUACAUGUUCUUUUAUGUCAAAGUGGGGAGAAGUGGCGCGGAGGAAGGCAAAGAAAACGUCCCUUCGAAUUGCGCUUUGCGACAAGAUGAGAACGAUGCGAAUGCGAGCCGGCAACAAGGGGGGCCUUGCAGCAAUGGUCUGCGGGCUUUCCUGUUCCACGGCGGACAGCGACACCUGCCGCGUCCAGUGUGCAAAGAAUGCUUUCGCAAUGGGAAAAAGCCGGUGGAUCUGGGCGGCGAGCCCGUGAUGCUUCCGGUACGUGCUUCAGGGGACCCGAAGACAGCAAGUUUGGCAGAUUUCCAGUUGCUUAGUGUCAUUGGACAAGGCACAUUCGGAAAGGUGCUAUUGGUGCGACACGCGACCACUGGAAUAGUGCACGCCAUGAAGAUCAUCAGUAAGCAGUUCGUGAUUGAUAUGGACAGCGUGCAUUACAUGAAAACGGAGCGCAAUGUCAUGACGAAGAUUCGCCACCCUUUUGUGAUUGGGCUCAAUUACGCCUUCCAAACAGAAUCGAAGGUGUAUCUCGUGAUGGAGUAUCAGUCUGGAGGAGAGCUGUUUUCGUAUAUGAAAGAGGAGGGCACAUUUACUGAGGACGCCGUUCGCUUCUAUUUGGCCGAGAUGGUUCUAGCGCUGGAGCAUUUACACGGACAUGGCAUCAUACACCGCGACCUAAAACCGGAGAACGUUCUCAUUUCAGCCGAAGGGCACAUCAAGCUGACCGACUUUGGUCUAGCGAAGGAAUAUGUUGAAGGGCAGGAGUUAUUGACAGUGUGCGGAACGAAGGAAUACAUGGCCCCCGAGAUGCUUCUUGGCAAAGGAUAUGACUCGGCAGUGGAUUGGUGGUCGCUCGGUGCUCUCGCACACGAAAUGCUGAUUGGAAGUCCGCCAUUUCGAUCGAAGUCUCCUGCAGACUUGCACAAGAAAAUCAUCUCAGCCAAGCUCCAAUUGCCACGCUGGCUGUCAGGUGAAGCCCACUCGUUGAUCAAGUCCCUCUUGGAACGGAACGUGAGCAAGCGAUUGGGUGGCGGCAAGUCCUCUAUGUUUGUGGUCAGGGGAGUGCAGGCACUAAAACGUCAUCCGUUUUUCAAGUCAGUGAAUUGGGACAAGGCAGAAACCCUCCGUGUUCCUCCUCCCAAAGUACCUAGCAUUUCUGGCGAAGUGGACACGAGCAAUUUCGACAAGAAGUUUACGGAGAUGCCCGUUUCAGACCUGAUGUGUGAAGCGGGUUUUGUCGAAGAGCAUGGUGACCUGUUUCGUGGAUUUUCAUUUUGCCGACAGGAUAGCAUCAAGGAAGCCAUCUCCAAUCCGCAGUCACCGAUUAGCACGGCUCUGCUACCAACUAUUGCAACUCUAGUAAGCGGCGGUGACGACAUCAAGGACAUCAACGACGCUAUAGCCAUAGCCGCUAGCAAGCAGCUGCAAUUCUGGCCCAAAUGA